AUGAGUCGCCCCACAAGUGCGAACGCCUCUGACGCCACACGUCUCAACACGAGCGACGCACUGAGGGCGCGCAGCACCAGCGGCAGCGACGCAGCAGCAGAUGCGGCGGACGAGUGGACGAUCGCCCCCAAGUUGGACACGUCGACCGACGGCGACGCCUGUACGUGGUACGCCGAAGGCAUCUGCACCCGCCCGCGCUCGUGCUUUGACUGCCUCAACGUCGUCAUUCGCGGCCAAAAGUGUACCGUCAGUCCACUGGGCGAAUGUACGAACUCGUACAUGAUCGCAAGCGACGGCGGCUAUCCCAUGGCCAACUACACGUACUGCGCCGCCGACGACGCCGUCUGCUCUGCGUGUCGCGCCGAGUGGACGCGGGACUAUCUCACGGGUACCCACGUGUCGACCACUGCGCGAUGCACCGGUGACGCGGGCUGCAUCUGCCUCGCGGCCUGUGAGCUGCCGGACCGGGACGACCGCAUCGUGGACGACUGGUGCAUUCCUGCCGUCGACGGCUCGAACUUCCGCCUCGUGGCGGGCCUCGUGGCCGGCACGAUCGCCUUUUUCGUGGCCGCGACGGUGCUCGCCCGCCGCAAACUCAACCGCCGCUUGCGACGGGAUACCGAGCACCGAGACGCGCGGAACGCCGCGCGCGCGGCCUUGCGGGGAACGCGACGACCGCGGGCGUCGGCGCACUUGCCGCCGCUGAACUUGGCGGGCUGGGCGGGUAUGCGGGAGACCCUCGUGUCGACCGAGCGGCUGCUGCUGGAAGGCGGCAGUGCGUCGUCGAAGCCGACGCUCACGAGGUCCAGUGCCACGCUGCCGAGCACGGACGUGGAGGAGAAUGACGCGUACCACUUGAUAUCUCCGGGUCGACCGCCGGCGAGUCAACGGACGUCGUAG